AUCAAACUUUCAUUUCUCUUCUGCCUGACUCUUACGUAUAGACGAUAGACAGCAACACACCACCACACCACCGACGAUACUUUACCCAUAACUUUACACUUAACUCCCCUCAAGAUUCACCUAAUUCCACACAACCCCUCGCCUUUAUACCAAACCCCUGUUUACCACUGUCGUACACACCACCAUUUCUCCCGACCACCAUGAAAAUAUAAAUCAGAAGCAAACUUAGAGAGAGAAAUAACACCAAUAAGAGAGAGAAACAUACACACAUACUCUUUCUCUCUCUCACACACAUACACACAUAGACGCUUGACCUCCCUUCCAAGCAAAUCAAAAUCCCUUUUUCCUACUUGAAGAAGACGGGUUCCCUCGCCAUAAUCGCCGGCUAGACACCAACCGGAAAAAAUGGCGUCCACACGAAAGUGUCUUACUAUGCUGUUUGUAUUGAGUCAACUCGCUGCGGCUGCAUUGUCUGGGAAACCCACCAACGCGACCACGCAAAUCAACUCCAAUUCUGUACUGGUGGCGCUACUUGAUUCCCAUUACACCGAACUGGCGGAGCUGGUGGAGAAGGCGCUCUUAUUGCAGACGCUUGAAGAAGCUGUUUCGAAUCAUAAUAUCACCAUUUUUGCUCCGAGAAAUGAAGCUCUGGAGCGGGAACUUGACCCGGAAUUCAAACGGUUUUUACUUGAACCUCGGAAUCUUCAGUCUCUUCAAACGCUUCUCCUCCACCACAUCGUUCCGAGUCGACUAGGUCAGUCUGAGUGGCCGGAAAAGUCAACACGUCACGACACACUCUCGGCGGAACCCAUACAUCUCUCCAAUUUGGAUUCUAUGAAGCUCGCCGGCAAUGCGGAGGUUGUUCGUGUAGACGACGUUUUCCGACCCGAUGGAAUUAUUCACGGAAUUAGUCGUUUGUUGAUCCCCAAAUCCGUACAGCAGGAUUUCAACAACCGUCGGAGCUUACGUGCCAUUUCCGCCGUUAAACCGGAGGGUGCACCAGAGGUGGAUCCGAGAACAAACAGACUGAAGAAACCGGCACCUCCGGUUCCCGCUGGAUCGUCUCCGGUGCUACCAAUUUACUACGCCAUGGCGCCCGGUCCGUCGUUGGCACCCGCUCCCGCUCCCGGACCUGGCGGUCCACGCCACCACUUCGACGGUGAGAGCCAGGUGAAGGAUUUCAUCCACACGCUGCUGCACUACGGCGGAUACAACGAGAUGGCUGACAUUUUGGUGAAUUUAACGAAUUUGGCAACGGAAAUGGGGAAACUAGUGUCGGAGGGAUACGUAUUAACCGUUCUAGCACCUAACGACGAAGCAAUGGCGAAAUUGACCGCCGAUCAACUGGCGGAGCCUGGUGCGCCGGAGAGGAUCAUGUACUACCAUAUCGUGCCGGAGUACCAAACUGAAGAAAGCAUGUAUAAUGCUGUUAGAAGGUUCGGGAAGAUUCGAUACGAUACUCUUCACGUUCCUCAUAAGGUGGUGGCUCAGGAAGCCGAUGGGUCGGUGAAAUUCGGCGACGACGAGGAAACGGCGUAUCUGUUCGAUCCUGAUAUUUACACCGACGGCAGAAUAUCGGUUCAGGGUAUUGAUGGGGUUUUGUUUCCGGCAUCGGAGAAGACAGAAAUCACAAAAACCGUCGAUCAUGUUCAAGCCACACCCAAAUCUCGUAGAGGGAAAUUGGUCGAGGUAGCAUGUCAAGUGCUUGGGACAUUUGGGCAAGAUUCCCGGUUCACCACGUGCCACUAGAAUUCUCCCUUUCAUUCAUCACUUACACUUCAUCUGAUCUGCCAAUCAAAAGGGAAUGUAUAAAGACUUGAAAGGACAUGUGAGAUACAGUUAUGGUAUGCAUCAAACUCCAUGCUUUCUUUUUUUGUGGGGGUGUUAGUGGGUUGUUAUUUGUGUUUGUUUAAUGUGUAAGCUCUUUUAUUUGAUAAAAGAAAAGGGUAUAAUAGUCAUUCUCCAUUGGUAGUUGGAGAUGGCAAUCAAAGAAUAUUUUUUUUGUAUUAUUAUUUUGUGCAUAGUGAAAUAAAUAAAGGAUUGGAUGGUGGUAA